CCCGUCGCCUGGCCGACUGAGGGGAGCCCAGUUUCCUCAGAGUUUCCCUCAGGAGGGGCCGCAGUGGCGCCUUCUUCUCCGCUUUCGGACCGGGCGAGCGACGAGCCACGGCGGAGGCGAGCCAGGCCGGCCUUUCGCUCCGUCUGUCCCGCCGAGAGGAGCCGAGGAGCCCCAGUCCCGCCGUCGGGCCGGCUCCGGAGCUGCCGCCGCCCCGCCGGCUCCUUCCCGCCGCUGGAAGAAGGCCGAGGCCGGGCGACGAGAGGCUUCGGGGAAGGCCCGGGGCGGCCGAAGGAGCCGUCGCGGGGGCCUCGCUCCUUCCUCCCUCUCCCGCUUCUUCUUCCCUGCCUUCAGGCGGCCUUUGACUCCCGGCCGCCUCAGAGGACCGAAGACAUUGUACGAUGGAUGCCACAGACCCGCGCUGUUCUUACCAGCCUUCACAGUUGGACAGGAACAUGUACUACAUCUUGACCGAAAACCACUAUUAUGGCAGCAAGCUUUUUCAGGCAGGGAGCAUGUGUUAUCUGAAAGAGCAGACAUACCUGCAGCACAUUAGCAGGACGUCCACUCGCUUGUGGAGAUUUGUGAUGGAACAGGAUGGCUCUGUGGCUACUUUGGACGUGGAAAGCCUGCAGCCGGUGAACGAGAAGAUGGCCGACUUCCUUUUGGCCAUUAGCAACGCUCAGGAACGCUUGAACUGUUUUCUAGACAGGCAAGCUCUAGAAGCUGCCGUGACGGCCGAAGAAGGCCAGCAGGUCUUGGUCGAUCUGGGAGAUCAGUUUUCCCCCGCUACCGUCCGCUAUAUUGGAAGACUUCACCACAGCCCUUUACCGUCAGGGCUCCAUCCAAUUUACUUUGGAGUGGAAUUGCAGGGUGGCGGCGAAGGCCGAGGCCUCUGUGCCGGCACCUACCACGGGGCAGAAUACUUCAAGUGUAAACCCAAGUGCGGCCUUUUCCUGCCAUUCAACAAACUGCAGUUUCUGUCGGCGUCAGAGGACAACCAGGUGGAGGCGAAGAGGCAGAAGGCCGAUGGAAUCGUGCCGGUGAAAAUGGGCGACACCGUCGGCUUUUAUUUAGAUGACGCCUUCAUGCGAGGGAUCGUCCUGGAAGUGUAUCAGAAAGGAAAUGAGUGGCUGGUGAAAGUGUGUCCGGAGGAAGAGGGCUCAGCCGAUGUUUUCCGAGAGAUCCCUCUGGAUUCAGUAGUGAAGGAGGAGCUGCUCUCCUUAGACCAGGAUUCUGGGCUCCAGGAAUAUCUCAAGCACAAGAGGAGCGAAAGUACAGAGCAUCCGGCAGACGGGACCUGCUCUCUGGAUGUCAACUCCGUGGUCCAGAUCAACUUAGACAAGGGACGUGCUGUGACGGGGACCAUCCGUUGGAUCGGCUGCCUGCCUAAUGCCCAGCAAAGGAUGGCUGGGAUUGAGUUGGAUGAAGAGAAUAACAGCCUUUCCAACGGAGAGUGGCAAGGUGUGCGCUACUUUACCUGUCCUCCCCAUCGGGCCCUUUUCGUGCGGCUGGAAUCGUGCCAACCAGAUUCGCGCUUUCAGGGGAACAAGUGCCUGUUUCAGGAGCCUUCUGAAUUCAGUGAGGCCGACAGUCCGUCUGUUCUGAGCAACUCCCCACCGCUGAGAGAUGACGUGGCCGUGAACGUCCUCAAAGGGCGGAUGAGAGGGAUCCAAGGCCACUGCAACUCCUGCUACAUGGACGCAGCCCUGUUCAGCCUCUUCUCCUGCACCUCGGUGUUGGACUCCAUGCUGUAUAAGCCCCCUCACCCCGCCGAUGGGCGCAUCCAGGAGAUCCUGCGGGACAAGAUCGUGAACCCUCUGAGGCAGAAGGGCUUUGUCGCUGCCAAGAGCGUAAUGGAUCUUCGGUAUCAGCUGACUGAAAAGGGAGAGUCUUCCAGUUUUGCUACUUCGGAAAAAGACCCCGAGGAGUUUCUGAACCUCAUCAUGCAUCGCAUUCUUGGACUGGAGCCUCUCUUGAAGCUGCAGUCCGGAAAGCUGAAGGAGCAGGAGUGUUACUGUUACCAGAUAUUCAUGGACAAGCAGGAGAAUUUGGUGGUGCCCAACGUCCAGCAGUUGGUAGAGCAUUCCUUCCUCACCUCAGACCUCAAGCUAGUGGAGAUCCCAUCCUGCUUUAUUCUCCAAAUGCCUCGUUUCGGGAAGGAGUACAAAAUGUUCAACAAAAUCAUCCCUUCCUUGGAGCUGGACAUCACUGACCUGCUGCUGGACAGUCCCCGGGAGUGUUUCGUGUGCGGAGACAUCGCCACCCAGGAAUGCUCGGCCUGCUUCAAAGACAAGAUGUUCGCCGGCACGGGGCUGAAGCAGUUUUGCGACUCAUGCUGCUCUCAGGCUCACUCCCAUUACCAGCGAAGAGGCCAUCAGACGACAAGGCUCCACUUCCCCCAGGAAUUCGCUCGGGAUGGGGUGCGGGUACCCCGGGAGAAACUGGAGCUAUUUGCCGUUCUCUGCAUCGAGACCAGCCACUACGUGUCCUUUGUGAAAUACGGGCCGGAGAAAGAGAACUGGAUGUUCUUCGACAGCAUGGCAGACCGACAUGGUGACGAGAACGGCUACAACAUCCCCACGGUCACGCUCUGCCCGGAAGUGGCCAAGUACCUGGAGAUGCCCGUGUCCUCCCUGGCCAUGGAACAGCCCCGGGACAUGGAAGGCGUGGCCAAGCGCCUCUUCUGCGACGCCUACAUGUACAUGUACCAGAGCAAAAAGAUGGCGCUCUACAAGUGACGCCCCACGCCGGAGGCGCCCGGCCUCGUGUCCCCAGGAAAAAAAGAACUUCACUUCCUUGUCUGCAGCUCUUCUCUCCAGCUCUGCUGUCCGCAGUGCCCCCCUACCUCUCCGGGGCCUAAAGGGGCGGCAGCCGUGCCAGCUGGAAGCACCCGCGUUCGAGUCUUCCCCAUCCCUGCCUCGAUCCUCCGGGUAGGAACCUCUAGGUAGACGAACGUGAUCCACAUACCUCACUUCUCAAUCCCCGGAAGCUUUGGCUUGUAAGUCUUUGGGCUUCUGUGCCCUGGCCCACCCACGGACCAAAGAAACUGAAGGCCAGGUUGGGAAAAAGCCUGCUUGCAGCCUAAAGCAGGAAGCCCCCAGCCCCAUUUCUGGGGUUCCACAGACUCAGCAUUCCACAGAUUGAUGGGGAAUUUAGCGUUGCAGACAAGGGAAGCUCACAAACUCUGCUGCGACUUUGGGAAUCCGAAGGGACCAAUAUCUGUGACUCUUUUGCACAUUGCCCCCCCCAAAAAAGGGUCCCCGGGUAUCUGUCAACAGCGCCCACCCCUUAAAAAAAAAGGAUGAGAGGCUCCAGAAGUUCCUUGUUAGGGUCUCAGGUUUGACCUUCAGCAGUUCUAAGAACAUAAUUGCCCAAAUCUUUGGGGGAAACCACACAUUUUUUUUGCUUUAGGUUUUUCUCCACACACACCCCCCAUUUUUGACGAGGCAGCAGUGUGUACAAUCAGCUCCCAACCAAAAAUAGAAAAGCAGCAGCUUUUUUAGGGGGGGGGGAGUGGGAUCCAGCUGCUGUGCCUCUGGUUUAAUUAAUUGAAUCGAAAUGAGUUAUUCAUUUAACCCUUUAAAUGAGCAGGACAUUCCGAAAGGUAUCCGGCGAGAUCUUAGCGAGUGUCUAUCUUCUGAUGCAAACCAAAUACAUCCCCCGAUUUUCCUAUGAAAAUUCUAAGAUACGUAAAGGACCUUUCCUAACUCCUAUAUAUUUCCCCCCCCCUUUUUUAUUACCUCAUCUAAUUCUAAUUUCCAUCUCUUAAGUGCAAGGGUUAUCAAGCGUUCUUCCUGAUGUAUCAGCUACGAAAAUCCUUUGAAUGAAGCACUUUCACGGCUGUCUUAACUCCGUUAGGUGGGAUUUACACCAUCAUUCCUCUGGCUGAUCCUCGUUUCCUACCCACCCCCAAAUUAAACAGCUUUCUUAUUUUCUGCCCUAGUUAAAUGCUACGAAAGAGGAAAAAGUGCCUUAUCUACGUAGCCGUGUGUAUAAAUUUUAGCUCUUUAAUCGGAUGCAUUUUUCUUUCCUCUCUGAAAACAUUCUGUACUGUCUUUACGUUGUUGCUGAAAUUUCUUGCACUUCGGCUUCAGACCGCUCCCAAUUACUUCACUUUUCAAACAAGGCUGCCUCGGGGGGGGGGGGGGGAGGAAUAAUACUUGAUGAUAAUACUUGGUCUUGAUGUGGAAGAUCUCUUUUGAUAAACGGAUCUUGGCAUACCAGCAAGUUAAUUACUGCAAUAAAGAGGUAGCAGCUAUUCGGUUUUAUCUUGUUGUGGGCCAGGCUCGGUGGGUUGGUUUGGAAUAAUUUUAAAAAUUAAUUGUUAACGUGCAGUAUUUGUAAGUGUAGUUGGUUUAAUUCAACACGUGAGGCUUUUUUUUGAAAGGGCAAGAAGCAGUGAAGGGUCCAGGGGGGCAUCCAGCCGUUGGCAACUUUCAGAUUUGUAGACUUCCACUCGCAGAAUGGAUGGCUGGGGAAUUCUGGGAGUUGAAGUCCACAAAUCUUAAAAGUCGCCAAAGUUGGGUGCUCCUGGAUUAUUCAAUGCUUCUUUGUCCUUUCAAAACAAAAUACCAAAACCUGCGUGCUGUGCUGUCGUCACCUUGAAGUCUGUAGCCCUUCUUUGUCUUCAUCUCAAGGGAAAAAAAAAGUGUUUUUUGUGUGAUGUCUCUCGAAAACAUGUCUUCCAAUAGAGCCUUAUUUUUAACUUGA